AUGCCCGGUGGAGCGGGGGCCGUGAAUAGCAAUAUAAAUUCGCCGCUUGGGCCAGACACCACGACGUGGGGGGUACGGUACAACCAGCAGUACCACGGCCAGGCGCCGCCACCGCUGCCGCCUCGGCCUGCAAGUACCGGGGAACGACCGUAUAGUCAUGCUCAAACCCCGGUCGGGAGUUCGCCAAGUCCGUAUAUCGCGACGACUCAAUCGCCUCCUCCUCCACCUCCUGCAGUAGAUCAUCAUUACCAAGCCCAGUGGGCUCCAAGCUCUGCUGCUGCUCCUCCUUUACAGCCGUCGAAUAAUAUCCCGCCGCCGCCACCGCCGGUCCCCCUGGCUUAUCAGAAUGAGAAACUUCAGCAGAGCAACUUGGCCUGGCAGCAACCGCCGCAGCCGACAUACUCAGAUCAUCCGCCUACUCACCAUUACGACCCGCAAGUUUCACAGCCCCCCCCGGUGCCACAUGCAGGGCCUUUGACAGCGGUCAGCCCUCCACACAAUACUCCUGCUCCCCCAAUGGUAAGGCCCACCCCGCCGACACAGCCUCCUCCAUCGACAGUGUAUCACCAACCGCCUCCGACUCUUGCACCUCUCGUGACUUCGCCAGUAGCACCUUCAGCUGCUUCCGCACUGGGAUUUGGAGGCCCAUCUGACUGGGAGCAUUUUGGCCCAGUUGCCGGAGACGUGGACGACCUUGACGCUUUUCAUCAGAGAACACCGACCCAGGUACCACCGCCUCGCCCAGCUGCUAACGCUACCUCGGUUCAUCCGACGGUUGUUGCACUCCCUGAAGUACCCCAUACCAAUCAGGCACCGGCGGUUUCUCCGGUCAUCAGCUCUCCUUCAACCAUAUAUAAGAGCCAAGCUCCACUUCAUCCGCAGAGGGCUGACACCGCUGAUUCUAUGGCGAGCACUGUUUCGAGUGAGGGACCCUCUGACAGCAUUGACGGGGUGAUCGAAGCUUGGACCCAGCCUUUCUCUCGCCGCGAAGACAAAUCACCAGGCGGCCGAAAUGCUCAGGCUUCAAUGGAAAAUGAAGACCGAUUGCCUCACGUCAUAAGUCAACAACAGCCUUUUGGCGUUGCAAAGCACAAAUCGAACAGCCCUGCCACAUUGAAGGAGCCAAGAUCUAAGGUGGAAGAAUCCUCGCUGAUCGACUCUUCCACUACUAAGAAAGCUGAAAGCACAACUGUGCCUACCAAGUACCUGGAUCCAUACGAGGAUCUGGACCCUUGGUCCAAGUCCUCGUUGGCACGCUAUGUAACUAUGUUGCGGAAAGAAGCUGUCGCAGAUUCGGAUGAAGAUCGGUACAAAUUAUUUACGGCAUUCAUGGGCAAGGAAACCAAGUUGCGCGAGGUUCUUUACAACAUCGAGCAUGAAAGCGGAAAAGAGCAGAAACCUGAGAGCGCCUCCCAGGCUGUCGCAGGCUCUACUCACAUUACUGAACGUUCCGAUUCGGCGACACCGUCGGUACAAACCGUGAACCCCCCUAUCAGUUCCAGCAAUGAAAUUCAAAUUAAGGUAACAAGUGAGGAAAGCCGACCAGUGAGCAAUCAACCUGCUGUCUCUCCUAGCUCGGCUUCCACUAGCGGCUCGACGGACCCAGUUGUUCCCUCGUUCAAUGGUGUAUCUCAUAAAGAAACCCUAGAGCCGCUGACGAGUAACCCACCUCAACCAAUAUACACCCCUUUUCGCUACACAGAAGGCCCGCAACGAGGUUCUGAUCACCUCACGUUCGACAGGCCGGCAUAUCAGGCCUACUCUGCACUGCGCCAGGCAUCGGUUGAAAGUGGGCGUGUCAUGUCCAACGGACCCUCUUCGUCAACGCCUACGCCGAGAUCAGACACCCCGAGUGUUGUUCCUGCCCGGAAUGAGCAUGACGAGACUUUCAUCGGCCUGAUUAGAGAGAAGAGUGUCGCAUAUAAGAAGAAACCUCUCCGAAAGGCCUCGCCCCCUCCCCCGCUUCCCGGAUCUCUUGGAAAUCCUCGGACGAGCGGUCCUCUCAACGAGUUGCGCUCGCUUGUCUCGACUCCGGUGGCCAAACAAUCCGAAAGUUUCUGGAAUAUAGCCACUCGGAAAGAUCUGGAGAAGUACAACAAUGAUUUCACAUACAUCCAAGACGCAGUAGGUGUCUGGGAGAAGGAGGCAAAGGAACGCCGUACAGAGAUUGAAAGGGGCCGCGCCCAGCGGCAGGAGAAUUCCGAAACUCAUAUUGACACAAUGUUCAAUGACAAAUCAAUCGGAUAUGCAGACAUCAAUGUUCUUGAAGAGGAGUUCCGGCAGACUGAGGCCCGAGUUCAGCUGGAAGAGGAGAGAAAGGAACUGGAUGACUAUAUUACAAAUCUUUUCACGCCUCUUGAUAACCGUCUGAAAGGGGAGAUUUCAAAGCUCAGUGCCCACUAUGAGACUAUCCUCAGUCAACUGGAUCAUGAAAGUACCCGAACCAAGGAAUCUACCGCCGACAAAUUCCACGUGUCUCAUACCAUGUUGACUGUCAACGACAUCUAUAAGAAACUCGAGGCCCGCUACCAGAAGCGCCUCGAGAUCGCGUUGGACCGUGAGCAGCGACGCAAGAAAGCCGAGAGGCGGCCUCUUGUUUUCAUGGGUAGCUCACCUGCGCUCAAACAACUAGAUGCUGACUUUGAUCGGAUGGAGAAGCAGAACCUCCUAGAGGCAGCCAAGGAUCGCGAUGAGAGAGCUAACAGACUAAUGGAUUCCUUCGACGAUGCAAUCAUGCGAGGCCUAGGCGAGAACCAAAGCACAAUUGAUGACAUCGCUCCGAAACUGAAAAAGCUUGACGGGAAAGCACUCAAAUCGUCUGGCCUGUCAGAUCUGGAGAUUGAACAGGUGCUCAAAUCUGUCGCCACGCUUGUCGAGUCGCUGCGAACCGACUCAGAGUCCAUCCUGCAUUACUUUGGGGUGGCCGACAUGUCGCUCAAUGAUGCGGAUUACAGCGUUUCUGUCGCCGAAGCACGCUACUCGAACGCUGACGAAGACGUUUUCCAUCGCUUGGAGAACGAGAAGCAGAAGGAGGAUGGAAGGAUCCAGAGCGAUCUCACUUCCAAGCUGAACAGUGUCCGCAAAGGUCCCGCAGAAAUCAUCGCCCAGACCAACGAUCUCCUUCGGGCAAUUGGCAAGACCCCUGAGACCGAGCCUCCGGCGUUGCUGGAGCCGCCAUCUCAUAGAACCGAGACGCCCCCUGUCGAGGCGUUAUUGACUGGCCCUCGCCCCCGCACUGCGACUCUUUCAAAACCACCAGCGGAAGAUCCGGAGCAUCAGGAACGUCUGAAGAGAGCACUGGAGGAAGCGAAGAAGAGGAAUGCCGCGAGGGUCACUGGUUGA